AUGCAUCCACAGUUUGCAAAAAGAAGGCUAAAGUGUGGAAAACCAACAAUAGCCAGUAGUUCUAAUUUUUCUCUAUUUGUCUCAUUCAAAUGCCCAUCUUAUACUAGAGAGGAUCACUAUGCUUGUAGUAUCACUAACUAUACAGUUCAGUUUCGUCCUGUGGAUACUAGUGCCAAUUUUGCAACCAGAGUUUCCAAAACACGUUCAUUUAAGCUGGACCAUCUUAUUCCAUUCACUUCUUAUGAAAUCAAAGUAAAUGUGACUUACGACCAAUCUUACUGCAGUUCAUAUCCUGAUGUAGUUGUUGGUAGGACAGAUCCAGUAGCACCAUCUCCUCCCAGACAGAUCAGACAUCUCUCUAUACUGGCAACUAGCAUUGUGCUGACAUGGAAGGUACCUCCUUAUGUUAAUGGAUCUAACCUCACAUAUUAUAUCAAUUAUUUCAAACUCGAUAGUAGUACUAUUGUAACUUCAGAGACCAGCACACAACCAACUACUACUUUGGUUGAUCUUACACCCUAUACUAAAUAUAAAGUCAUAAUUCAAGCUGCUACAUAUGCCCAAAUCAAUGUCAGCUUUUCUAUUUGGCUGAGAAGUACCAAAGCUGAAAUAUCAUUUCAAACUCGUCAAGCAAAACCUAAUCCUCCAAGUAAUGUGCAAGUUGACACAGUGUCUGCUGACUCGGUUGUGAUCAAGUGGCAGCGUCCUUUAGUAUCCAAUGGCCCAAUUUCAUACUAUACAGUUUGUUAUAUGAUUAAUGGUAGUAGCAAACAAACAUGUAGAUCAACCACCACUACUAAGAGUCGGUUCACCAACCUCAAAACAUUCUCUUAUUACCUUAUAAUUGUGAGGGCUGUCAAUGUUGAAAGAGGCACUAAACUGGAAAGCAAGUGGAGCAAGCAAAUACAAUUCCGAACUUUGUCAUCUAUUCCAAGCCAACCACAACAAUUGACAGCCUCUGACAAACAAAUACAAUCAGUUCAUCUCAAAUGGCAAAAACCGUCUAAUCCCAAUGGAGUGAUAGCAAAAUUUGAGAUUAUUGUAGUGCAGGGAGGAGAUAUCGAUCCUAGUAACUAUGAUAGCAAGAUGUUGGUUGUUAACAAGACUGUCAGUGGGAGCAUCUCAGCUUACACAGUAACUGGAUUGACAGAGUUAACACGUUACAGUGUGUGGAUUGUUGCAGUCAAUAUUCGACGAACUGACAAAGCAAAAUUGACAAGUCGUCCAAGUCAAGUGAUAACGUUUGAUACAAAGGGUGGAGUAAAUACUGCUCCUCAAAAAAUUAUGACUUCCCAAGUGACUAGUACUUCAGCUCUAAUCACUUGGCAGCCACCACGGUUUACAACACCAAGAUCAGUUAGUAGUUACUAUAUCAGAUAUUUUAAAUCAACAAGACCUGACGAAUACCCGCAAUCUACAAGGGAAAGAAGAUUCAAUCUUACUAAUUUGGACAUUUAUACAAACUAUACAAUAGACAUAGCAGCUUAUGUGAGUCCUCUGUUGUCUCCUUAUUAUGCAUCAUAUAAUUUUACAACUAAACAAGCUGCACCAAGUCCUCCACAGAAAGUAAAAGCAAAUGACAUCAGAUCUAGAAGUGCAUCAAUAUCUUGGACGCCGCCACUUCAUGCCAAUGGUGUGUUGAAGAAAUACAGAAUAUAUAUUCAGUCUUAUCACACUAGUCGACCCAAUAAUCUUAAUAAUGGCAAUAAAACAGUUUCACAGUCAGAGACAGCUGUAACAAUCGGCAAAUUGAUUCCUUUCACUACCUACUAUGUUUGGGUUACUGCCAUCAAUGUGGAUGGGCGUGAACUAGAAAGUGACUUUGAACGUCCCACUGUUUUCGAGACCAAUGCAGAAGCAUCAUCACCACCAAGAGAAGUUCAGUGGUUUAACGUUACUUCUCAUUCAGUCAUCGUCUCAUGGAGAAAGCCAGCCAUAGUUUAUGGAAAUGUUGAGAAAUACAGCGUGUCGUUGGUUUCAUUUCUAAAGCAAAAGAUUGUCAAGAAAUUAUUAGCAAAAAGACAUGAAAAUACUUUUUUUCUUUUUGUUGACAAUCUUGUGCCCUAUACUCAAUAUACUGUUACAGUUCAGGCUGGAACUCGUGCUAAUUGUUGUUCAAAUCUACUGUGGAGUGAUGCAAACAUAGAUGAAUCAACAAUCACGUUUACAACACAACAAGCUGCUCCUUCACGGCCUGCAAGACCAAAUGCUACAAAUGUUCUCUCUCGUUCUUGUCUAAUUAAGUGGAAACUUCCUGAUGCUCCCAAUGGUGACAUUCAGUUCUACCUCUUGUCUCUUUAUAAGAAAGCUGACAAUAUUGAUCCAUUGAUAUCACAUAACACAUCAAACAUAGAUACGUUUAGACAUCCUGCAAAGAACAGCACUCUUCAAAUAGAGUUGUCUUCUUUAUCACCUUACACAUCUUACGGAGCCGCAGUAACUGCAGUCAACAUCAUGAAUAAUACAGAACUAAAAUCGCAACAAAGUGAACUAGUGAAUUUCACAACUGCGGAUGAAAAGCCUGCUGCGCCAUCAAUGUGCACUGUGAAUAGACGAGGAGCAAACUUUAUUUUUAUGUCGUGGCAGCCUCCUGAACCCAGUGAUUACAGAGUUGUUUUUUAUUACGUUAAGGUUAACUCCACGACUGCAGCUGAUUCAAAUAACCACUCUAAGAUAGUGUUUAAUCUCAGCAGUAAUGCCAGCAAUUUACUAUCCUUUACAGAAUACGAAAUCACAGUGACUGCUGUAACAAACAACACACAACUUUGGGAAGGAUUCCCUUGUUAUUUGAAAGAUAAGACUAUUGAAGUUUCAGAAAAACCUCUGCUGUAUCAUUCUUCACCAGCCACUACCAUUGAUCAGGCAGAUUUGGCUACAGCUCGUUCUCCUUCCGAUCUAGCCAAGCCUACAAACAUUCUUUCUCGUUCGGCUAACAUUCGAUUGAAUCUUCCAACAAAACCCAAUGGCGAUACCCAAUAUUACGUGUUGUCACUUUAUGAAAAGCUAGAUAUCAGUUCCUCAGAUAAGAAACCGUGGAAUUUUUACAAAGAAAUUCGUGCCAACGGCAGCACACGUCAGAUAAAGCUCACGGGUCUGUCGCCAUAUACUUGGUAUAAAGUUUUAGUUAGAGCGGUCACAGUGUUCAAAGGAUCGAGUCGAAAAAGCCAGGAGACUAUUACUGUGAAAUUUCGAACAAGUGACGAAGCUCCUACGGCUCCCUUUAAUUGUGAUAUCAAAAAUAAAAACAGCACCUCUAUUCUUGUGUCGUGGGACACUCCUUAUCCGUUUGACUACAAAGCAGAAUUUUACAAAGUAAAGGUCAACUAUGCAUCGAACAGAGACGUAACAGCUAAGUCGCUUACAGUGUAUGAUCAGUCUGUUCAACUAGGGAAAUUGCGUCCUUACACGAUGUAUGAUAUAACCGUCAUUGCUGUCACAAACAACACAAGAAUUCUUGAAGGGCCGCCUUGCUAUUUGCAAACACGGACUACUUUGCCAGUACCGGACACUCCUUCCAACUGUACAGCCACGAAAACCAAUUUAACUUCUCUUCUUGUGAAAUGGAAUCCUUAUUCUUUAAGAGACGACGCAAUUGCAUUCUAUCAAUUGACAUUUCAGACUCAGUUCAAUGUAAAAAUCGUCAAGACCGUACAGACGACGUUUCAUGAGACGGAUCUUACAGCUGCUACCGACUACAACAUCACAAUUAGUGCAUUUACAAACAACACGAAACUAUUGAGUGGGCCACCAUGUCAAUUGUUAGCAAGAACCGGCAAAAAUGAUAUUCAUGAGUCGAAGUCUACUGCAGCACCUCUUGUUAUUGCUGGAGUGUUAUCUUGCUUGCUGGUGAUUGUUAUUAUUGUGGUUGCUGUUUGUGUCGUUCGACAUCGCAAGAGAUGCUGCAACAAUCACAUGCAGAAGAACGAUGCCAAAGACACAGAAACAAAGGCUCGUUGCUAUGAGAUGCCAUCAAUUGCACAAACCACACGUGCAAUCGAUGAUCUAGACAUGACAGAAAGUAAUGCAUACAAAUCUGUCACCGUGGAGACCAGUGAGAUUGCUUCGUACGCUGAAGCUGGCACAACAGUUAUGCAGAGCAAGGCUGGUUCACUAACAACACCAAACGAUUCCUUUAUCUACGAAGAAAUAAACAGUUGAAUUUACAGUUGAAUGAAAAAUAAACAUAUUAGGUCAGAUCAACACGAAAAAACGCGUAUGUACCAUGUUUCUGUACUAGCAGGAAAGAAAAACGUAUAUGUGAUCAAAAUGUGGUAAACAUGAAGCUGCACUGUUGAAACUAUGAAGGUUAGUUAUUUAUAUAAUUACAAG